UAGAAAGAUCGUCGUAACUGAUUUAAUUAAGCUAAAUAUUAACCUUAACUUAAGAAACCCUAUUAAUAUAAAAACGUUUUUAUCAGGUGUGGUUAUGUGUGAAAAUAAAAAUAUGGUCUUUGAUUGAGAUAAGCUUAUGAAUUAUAAUGUUUAACUUACAAACCUACACAAAAUAGGUUUGAUCGUACUGCUAUUGUGGUAGGAUUUACACAUACAAUCUACUAAGUCCGGUGUGUUAAGUGUGAAUUAAAUAUUUUUUAUAACUUAUACGUCCUAACAAUGUAAUAAUAAUAAUGUGGUUUAGAUUUCUUAAGUCUUUUCCACCAUCCCUUGCGACACAUACAGCUGGCGUUGUUGACGUUAGAUUACGGUUUACAUUUGUUUCCCUGUAUCAAUGUAGGCCUAUAUCAGAAAUAAUACGGCCAAGAGAGCGUACAGAAAAUUUUUAUUUUAGUUAUAUAUUGCAAAAAAGAAUGGGAGCAUCAUUGUCCAGAAAAAAGGAAUGGUCACCAGGUGAUGAUAACAGUGCUAGAAGUAAUGUGACUUCCAAAUCUAAAAGUGAGCAGUCAAAUGACUUGGUGGAAAGAGUGGUUUGUGCCAUAGAUGACUUGAAAGAUGGAGAAAUGAAGGUUUUUGAGCUCGACAAAGAUGGAAGUGUUCUUUUGGUCAAGGAAGGUGGAAACUUUACAGCAGUUGGCACAAAAUGUACUCAUUAUGGAGCUCCUCUGGUUAAAGGAGUUCUGUGUGAAGGUAUGAUUCGAUGUCCGUGGCAUGGGGCAUGCUUCAGUGCUCGUACUGGUGACAUUGAGGACUUUCCAGGUUUAGACAGCCUUCCAACAUACAAGGUGAGAAGUGGAGCUGGUCAAGCUUGCAUUGAAACUCUAAGACAAGAGGGGUUUAGAGGACGUUUGAUUUUGGUUACAAAAGAAAAACACACUCCAUAUGAUAGGCCCAAACUGAGCAAGGUAUUAAAUGCUCAAGCUGAAGACCUCCUGUUGAGGAACCAAGACUGGUAUAAGGAUGCAGAUGUGGAAGUACAAUAUGAGAAGGAGGUUACUGCCAUAGAUGGAGAGAAAAAAGUAAUUUCUUGUAAAGAUGGUAGCAUUAUCAACUAUGAUAGUUUGAUGAUAGCUACAGGUGGAAGACCAAGGAUACUGGAUGUUCCAGGGAAAAACCUUGCAUUCAUAUGUCAGUUGAGAACACCAGAAGAAGCUAACUAUAUAUCAGAGAAUUCCAAAGGGAAGAAAGUAGUUAUUGUAGGAAACUCCUUUAUUGGUAUGGAAGGAGCAGCUUACCUAGCAGGCAAGGCCCAUUCUGUAACUGUUGUUGGACGAACUGAAAUUCCAUUCCUUCCAGUCCUAGGAGAGCUAGUGGGGGGACGUCUUAUGAAAUUGUUUCAAGAAAAUGGCAUCAAGUUUGUUACAGCUAGUGGUGUGUCUCAUUUCAAUGGAAAAGAUGGAAACCUUUGUGAGGUAGUGUUUACUGAUAAUCAGUGUCUUCCAGCUGACCUCUGCAUUUUAGGAAUUGGAGUGACACCGUCUACUGACUUUUUGAAAGAUUCUGGAAUUAAGGUCAACGAACAAGGCCAGAUUAUUGUAGACAAAUAUAUGCAAACCAACAAGGAAGGAGUAUUUGCUGCUGGUGAUAUUGUGAACUUCCCCCUGAGUGUACUUGAAAACCAAGAAGUGAAUAUUGGUCACUGGCAAAUUGCUCAUGUCCAUGGUCGGACAGCAGCAUUAAAUCUACUAGGAAAAAAACAAGAGUUACACACUGUUCCAUUCUUCUGGUGUAUGGUGUUUGGAAAAAGUAUUCGGUAUGCAGGCUAUGGGGCAGGAUUUGAUGAUGUGAUCAUCGAUGGAAGUCUUGAUGAUCUUCAAUUUGUUGCUUACUACACCAGAGAAACAUCUGUAGUUGCUGUGGCAACAGUGGGUAAGGAUCCUGUCGCUUCUCAGUUUGCAGCUUACUUGUAUAGUGGGAAGACUCUUACUAAAUGUGAAAUCAUGAAUGAUCCCAAGGCCUGGUUAAUGAAGGUGCCACCUGGUGGCAUAUAUUAAGUUCUGUUUACCUUAACAACUUCACUGUUGUAAUGAUAGCAUUAAGAAUAAAAGAAGUCUCAAAUCUCUUAAUGUCGUAACUGCAUAUAUUUAAUUUUAUGGAUGCAUUGAGUUUGAAAUACUUUGUUUAUUUAGGUGAAGGGUUUUGGUUUUGGUGAAACUAACUAAAAAAACUUUAAUGUUGUAAAGCAUUAAGUUUUCUAAAAACCAAAGGUUUGAAGAGUUAUUACACUGUGAUAAUUUGUUUCACUUAAGGAAGAAUAUUUUGUGUUUAUCUGGUUUCCAGAGUAGUUUAUUAAUAUUUUUUCUGUAUCAACCACAUUUAAAAUGUUAUUUUUAAAGUAAAUUAAUUUCUUACUUACUCUAGCUCAUCAAAAAUAUUUUCUAUUGAUCAAAAAAUAUUUGGUUUUCUAUUAAUUUAGGGAAAAUACUUUCUGUUGUAAAGAAUUAUACUUAACUCUUUGUUUUCUUAUCAUGCUAAGAAGAAAGAUGUAAAGGAUUUUGUGAAUCUUUAAGUAUGAACAUUAUGUUGAGUUUAUCAAUUUGAGACACAACAACUCGGAUAAAUGUUUCUCAUUAGUUACUAACAGCAAUUGUUUUAUGUUAUAUGAGUUAAGCUGAGAAUUGUGAUUCAGAUAUGCAUAGAUUUUUUAUGUAAUCAAUAUACAUAUUAAAUAUUUUGCAUACAAAUCUGUUGACUUGUAUUUGAUGCUUCAUGCUUAGGUUGUCUUAUAAUAUGCAGUACAUUCUAUAUUUAUAACUACAGGUAUUUUCUUUUAUUUUCUUAUUUAUUUUUGUCAAAUAAAAUAACGAACUUUUUCAGAUGUCUUCAAAGUUUUUCAGAAGACAGAGAAUUAAACUCUUCAUUAAAAUUAUUAAGCUGUAUAGAUAGGUAUAGCUCUAUUAUCAUUUAGAAAUUAUAAUUCAUUGAAUAUCAAAUUUGUUUAUUGAAUAUGUUUCUAGAUUACUAUAAAUCACUACUGAAUAGAACAAAACGAUUGUGAGCUUUUACUGUUGGUGUUUAUAUCAUUUUGGUUAAAAUAAACACAAUUAGUUAAUUAGUGACUAUGAUAAUUGA